AUGUCAUCAUCGCUCGACUUGCUGAGCUCCAAGUCCCAGAUCGUCCCUUGCUAUGUCGACGGGAAGCUUUUCCACGGUUCGUCCCAGUAUGAGGUUUUGGACCCUCACGACAACUCCAAGGUCUUGCACCAAGUCUCGUCCAUCACGGUCGACGACGUGCCCAAGAUCCUCGAGACCUCGGCUCGCGCUUUCAAAACGUGGAAGAAGGUGAGCAGCAGAGAUGCAGCCCGCCGAAUGCCGACCGGAGAUGAUAUCCUCUUUGCAGAGGCCCGGGUGUCUGGUUACUAAUCAAGCGAGUCAUUAUCUGUACCGCUUUCUCAAACUCACAUCUCUCUACUUUAUUAGACUCCUGUGACUGAGCGGCGCAACAUCUUUUUAAAGGCAGCGGCUCUGUUAAAGGAACGUCAGGGUGACUAUGCCGCGGUUGAAGUCGCCGAGACGACCUCCGGUCCGGGAUGGGCCGGCUUCGAGGUCUUUAUGGGCAUCGACAGGUGGGUCCCAGAUAUUACGGCCGAAUGGUCAGGAGUUACGUUUUUUGAAACUUGUAUUGCAAUAUUUGUAGCAUCGAAGAAGCGGCCGCCAGUGCCACUCUUGCACUCCGAGGCGAAAUCGCGACGACCGAGGCCGGGAAGCGAGCCUGUAAGCUUCGGGUCGAUCCAGCUUCUCAGGAGGAUAUGAUGCUUCGAUCCGCUGACGAGAUUAUCUUCGGCUCAUUUUAGACAUCUCGAGGUGUCCAUACGGCGUGGUGUUCGCGAUGGCUCCUUGGAACGCCCCAUUCGUGCUGAGUCAGCGAGCAGCACUCAACCCGGUGAGUUUUCACGUCUGCAUUUUUGUGACGAGCAGACAUUGCAUCACUUCCCUCGGCAUCAAAUUCUUACUGACCGCUUUCGUUUCAUGUCUAUCAUCUUGCGAUCAGAUCAUUGGCGGAAACACUUGCAUCCUCAAGACGUCAGAGAUGUCGCCGAAAACGCAGUUGACGCUCGCGCAGCUCAUGCACGACGCCGGUCUUCCGGCCGGUGGUGAGAAUUCCUCCCAGUUUUGAAGAGAAGCAUACUCUUGCGUGAUCUGACUGGUUGUCCAUUUCACUUUCGUCCUAGUGUUGAACGUCGUUCACGUCGCUCCCAAGGAUGCUCCCGCUGUCUGUGAAGCUAUCAUCGCGUAUGACGCCGUGGGCAAAAUCAAGUAAGCCGAAUUGCCGACGGGCCUGCUUCGUCGGUGCGACUGACUUAACAAUUUCUUACCAGCUUCACCGGUUCAACUCGCGUCGGCUCCAUCAUCGCCUCUAUCGCUGGCAAGCACAUCAAGGUAGGUCCUUGGCCGCGCUCCAACCUGCAUUCUUUUGGUGCUCUUGUAAAUGACGUUUGCUCGCCUUAUCGAACCUCAGCCUCUGGUCCUCGAGUUGGGUGGUAAGGCUCCUGCUAUCGUCUGCCACGAUGCGGAUCUCAGCAAGUGAGCAAACAAUUUGAACGAUUUCGGUUCAUCGUGAGCUCAACGCUGACAGCUCGCGAUUCUUGACUCCUCAGCGCUUGCCAAGCCAUCGCGUUCGGCGGGUGGAUGAACUCGUGAGUGCACAUGUAACUAGACGGUGACCGCGCACUUAAAAGAUCAAUGUUGACAUCGGUAAUUUCAUAUAGCGGUCAAGUCUGCAUGGCGACGCAAACCGUCAUCGCACACGAAUCGAUCGCCGAGAAACUUGUCGGUCUCCUCAACGAACACGUCAAGAAUGUCUCCGCCGCCGGCGAAGGAGCCCCUCUCCGUGGCUUGUUCACCCAAGCUUCGGCCGAACGAGCGAAGGGUAUCGUUGAUGAUGCGUUGGGAAAGGGAGCGAAAGUCGCUGCGGGGGAGUGGAAGGUGGAGGACAAUUUGGUGCAGCCGAUCUUGUUGCAGGGCGUGACGCCCAAGAUGCGUGAGUGGGAGGUUGGAAUACGCUCGAUCGAACUUCGGCUGGCCGCAACUGAACUCCUGAAAACGCAGAAAUCUACAAAACCGAGAUGUUCGCACCUAUCUUCUCGAUCGUCACAGUAAGUGACAUACGUGCUUUUUCACCACCAAGCAAAUUUUGUAACAGAAGUUGAUCUAACAAUGCUCACAGUUCAAGGACGAGGAGGAAGCGAUCCGUAUCGCCAAUGACCACGAGUAUGGAUUGUCCGCUUCGGUCUUCACGACCGAUGUCGCACGAGGCAUGAAGUUGGCCGAAGAAAUUGAUUCGGGUGCUGUACACAUCAAUGGCGCUUCGGUGAGUACUAUUGUCGUGCCGGACAGCGGUCCGAGCGAGGCGGUGAGAGGUGCGACACCGAUCGCUGACGGGUUUGGUUUGGUAUGGCAGGUGCAUGAUUCGGCAGCGCAUCCCCAUGGUGGGUGGAAGAAGAGUGGCUACGGACGGUGAGUUGUGACAUCAGUUCAACAAAGUAGAUCAAUGAACUUUCGUGUUGAUCCGCGCGAGUUCGAUCCUCUCGUCUCCUAGAUUCAACGGCAUCGAAGGCAUCCGCGAGUUCAUGCAGUUCAAGACCAUCACCGUCAACGAACCGCACCCUUAUCCUGGAUUCUUAUUUAUGUAA